UCUGCCUGCGUGAGAGGAAGUGUGCCUUUCCUGCCAGGGGAGGGUCCUGGAUUAACUCAGCUCUGUCUGCCUUCAUACCAAACGCUCAGCUGAUAACUGCUGUCGAAGGAUAUACUGUAGCCAGACAGGCUGCACAGCUAACUCACAGUCUGAAGGCUGCUGUAGCUUAUAUUGACAGACUGCAGUGAAGAGCAAGCGUCAAGAGGAGAUUGUUUUCUGUUUCUGUGUGGAGGAGGGAGGAGGGUGAAAGAACGCUAACUUCACUAGAGCUGGUGGUUUGUUGCUGUAGGGAGAGAAAAACAGAAUAACGGAGGCAGAGAAAGAGAAAGAGAAAGAGAAAACGAUCUUGUGUCAGGCUAAAUGUCCUGAUAGGAGAGAUGUACAAGGUUUAACGCAGCAUGUCCAUUGGAGCAAGGCACCCAGAGGCUGAGACAGGAUUUGUUCCGAGUGUUCAAGACUUUGAUAAGAAGCUAGCUGAAGCGGACGCCUACCUACAGAUUCUGAUCGACCAGUUAAAGCUGUUUGAUGAGAAGAUCAAGGACUGCAAAGAGGAUGAAUCACGCAGAAAAAUUGAAAAUUUGAAAGAGACUACUUGUAGCAUGGUAGAGUCCAUCAAGCACUGUAUUGUACUGCUGCAAAUUGCCAAGGACCAAAGUAACGAACAGCAACACGCAAACGGACUUAUAAGCACCAUCAACCCAGUGGAUGGGAUCUACCAGCCCCCUCUGGACACUCCUGUAGACAACACCACGAUGCCAACACAGACCACACUACCCACAGACGCUUCUCAGGUGUGUAAAUCAGACCAACGACCCUCCACGUUAGCCGUUGGUCCCGUCGUCACGGUGAUGGGCAGUCUGCAGACCCCAACUCCCAACAGCACAGGGAGUGGCCCAUCAGGCCCCAGCAGCGGCGUCGCCUCCCCAGCUCACAUCCCCAUCCCCUCGCACUCUGUGCCAGACUUCUCCUAUUCCUCCAGCGAGGAUGAGUUCUACGAUGCUGACGAGUUCUACCAGAGCAGCACCUCCCCCAAACACUGCAUAGAUCCCUCAGGGCCUCCAGCUGCCUUGCCUCUCACUAAUGAAGAAACAGCGUUAAAACGACCAGACACCACCGAGUCCCUCAACUCGUCCAUGUCCAAUGGCACCACAGAUGCAGACCCAUUUGAUAGCCAUGACGACCGUGAUGAUGACGGUGAGGGAGAGUCUGUGGAGGAGCACAAGAGCGUCAUCAUGCAUCUUCUCUCUCAAGUUCGUUUGGGCAUGGACCUCACGAAGGUGGUGCUGCCUACCUUCAUCUUAGAAAGGAGAUCUUUGUUAGAAAUGUACGCAGACUUCUUUGCACAUCCCGACUUAUUUGUAAGUAUCGCUGAGCAGCCAGAGCCCCGGGAGCGCAUGGUGCACGUGGUGAAGUGGUACCUGUCAGCUUUCCAUGCAGGGCGGAAGGGUUCAGUGGCCAAGAAACCAUAUAAUCCAAUCCUGGGAGAAGUCUUCUACUGCCACUGGGAUCUGCCCUGUGAAAUAGAGGAGCCUCCCCCACACACGGAGACGGUAUCAGAUGGUCCAGUUCCGUGGUCUUCAGCCAGCAGUGUGCGUUUUGUGGCAGAGCAGGUCUCUCACCACCCACCCAUUUCUGCAUUCUACGCAGAGUGUUUAAGUAAGAAGAUCCAGUUCAACGCUCAUAUCUGGACUAAGUCGAAGUUUCUAGGCAUGUCCAUAGGGGUCCACAAUAUUGGCCAAGGUUGUGUGUCGUGUUUGGAGCACGAUGAACAUUACAUCCUCACCUUCCCCAAUGGAUAUGGCAGGUCGAUUCUUACUGUGCCGUGGGUGGAGCUGGGUGGGGAGUGUAACAUCUCCUGCUCCAAGUCGGGCUACAGUGCUAACAUCGUGUUCCACACCAAACCCUUCUACGGAGGAAAGAAGCACAGGAUCACCGCUGAGAUUUUUCCACCUAAUGAUAAGAAGUCCUUCUGCUCCAUUGAAGGAGAAUGGAACGGAGUGAUGUAUGCUAAGUGGACAACUGGAGAGAACACAGUGUUCAUAGACACUAAGAAGAUGGGCCUCAUUAAGAAGAAAGUGAGAAAGCUGGAAGACCAGCUCGACUACGAGUCCCGAAGACUGUGGAGAGAUGUGACAUUGAACCUUAAGCUGAAAGACAUUGAUUCAGCAACAGACGCCAAACACCGGCUGGAGGAGAAACAGAGAGCUGAAGCCAGAGAGAGGAAGGAGAAUGAGCAACAGUGGGAGACCAGGCUAUUCCACGAGGACGGGGAGUGCUGGGUCUAUGAUGAGCCUCUAUUAAAGAGAUUAGUCUCUCAGAGGCACUGAGAAGACUACGCACACUCUGAUACACACACAUAUGCAUAAAGAAAUGCACACACAACAGAGUCUUCAUAAGAACUCUUUUGCAAAACCACUUCUUUUCCAAGCCUUGGAAUGACUGAUGAUUGAAUAUGUACACAGCUUUGCAUUUGACUGUAAAAUAACAAUAUGGAAAUGAAUGAAAUCAAAUGGAAAAGCAUCUAAGAUGUAACAUGAAAAUUAGUAAUGCUCCUCUCAUUAUUUGGGCAACCUCACUUCCACCGCCACCGAUACCCACCACCCGCCAACACGAGACUCGGCAGCGCAGAGUGGAGACGCGAGGGGUCGUCGCGUCUCACAACUCUGUCCAUCAGCUUCACGGCCACACCCUUCGUCAGCUCCACAGGACGAGCCAGAGCAGCACUCGUUUCCCUACACAAAGGUUGUUUUUUUUUUUGGACGGGGGGCGGGCAAGGGGUGUGUGGUUGAUGGUGUUAGAAUCAAAUAAACCUUGACAAGUAAAACGGCGCUCUACAUCUCAGGGAAUCUGGUGACUGAGGAAAGAAAGCUGCUGCCCCCUCUGAGAGUCUGACAGCCUUAUAACGGUGGAACGGAUUAAUCUUAAAGGGGCGGGGGAGAAAUUCUCCGCUUGCCUGCAACUAGUUGUAACUGUUGUUUAUAUAUAGAUAUACAUAUGAUGGAUAUAUAAAUAUAUAUUCUUUUUUUAUUUUCAAUGCUCUUUUUGUUUAUUUUUUUUUCUUUCUGGCAAUAGUGUAAAAUAUUUGAGGAUAUGAACUUGAUGGCUUUACAUCUUCAUUCCAUUUACCCUUUUGAUGUUUUGUUCCCAUUUCAAGUUAUCGUUGCCACCUAUUUUGCUCCUUCACACUGUUCUGUGUCUCAAGUGUUAUCCAGAAGCAAAGCCCUACAUAAGCCAUAGUAUCUGAACACAUUGAUUUGGAGAGUUGUGACAGAUUUAUGGAACAUAUGCAAUAUAGAGAUCAUUGACAUUGCCUGUCAGAGGACACAUCUGGAUGUCCAUUAUGCCAAAAAGGUUCAGAUAAAAGGCUGAAGGGGCUUUCAACUGGACAGAGAACAAACAAUCCUGAAAAUGUUUCCAUGUUGAAGGCAUUUUAUGAACAAAUGAUUGUUUACAUAUUUUUGUCUUUAUGGAUCGCUGGUCCAUGAUGAGGACUGUGGCUAGGACUGAGUUUGUGAAGUCUCCCCUUUUGUUCCACACAUCACCCAUCCUUGUUUCUGCUCCAAACCCACAGAUGUCAGGGUGGAUCAGAGGGUGAGGAGAGUGAAAACAAGGAACCAGAGUAGACUUGUGAAACACUGCUGCUGUUUCAUAGUGCUGCUAGAGUCCAGACUGUGUUCUACCAGUUCAGUUUUCUUGUAAACCUUUUUUUUUUUUGUCCAAUGUUUUUCAAGAUAACAACCAUAUUGAGGGCAAUAUUUAUCCUACUGUACACCUCUGCUUCUUUGAACCAUCAUUCAUUCUCUUAUUUACAGCUACAUAGUUUGGAUCUAAAUGCAAUGAUAUUUGGAUGAAAUGCAGAAAUAAACAAUUUUCACCUGAAAA